AUGUUGGUCGCUAAAGUUACAUUUGUUUUGGGCCUUCUUGUGUAUGGUGGUGGAUGUAAGAAAAGAGGAGAAGAGAUUUCGAGAGAGAAAACCAGUAAGUAUCUGCCUAUAUACGAUUGACUUGUGUGAUUGGCUUUCUUAGACAAAUGGUCACUUAUAUAAUUAAGUUACAACGAGGGGACUUGGAACGGGUGUCCAAAAAGUGCCCAAAUCAAGAAAUGAACCUUAUCACUAGUAAGAGUACUUAAAAGAUAGUAGGUAUUUGAAGUUUGAAAACACUUAUUUGCAUGGGUACAUAUUACUGAAUAAUUACCUACUACUAGAAAUACAUGCAUGCUUUAACCCCUCGCUUAACUGAAUAUUGAUAUAUAUUAUACUUUUCUAAAAAUACUGUAACUGUUUACUACGUGCCUAGUCUUGAUAUGCAAUAUAUUUUUUUCUUGACGUAUUCACUCUGUCCAUGUGUCAAAUGUGCUAUUAAAAAUAUUGAUCUGAUCAUUACUGGGAAUAAUAUUUCAAAAAAUUUAUUUUGGUUAAGGAAUUGUUAAGGAGACGAAACGUAAAUUUUGUAUUAAAAAGUGGAAGCGCAGUGUCCCCAUCAACAACACAGAUUGCCGAUUUUCCAUACACUCCGCGGCAUUUCCUUUUGUGAAAAAUCCAAUAUUUAUGAAAUAUUCGUACUUUUACUGUGAAAUUAUCCCCUUCCCAAGUGUAUAAUAUAGGCAUAUGUUAUUACGAACUUUUUAACUUUCAUUUAUUGUAAAAUUUAAUCUUUAGACGUCUCACAAAACGUUGCGAAAAUUUAACAGAACUUGAACAGUUUUUCGAAAACCAUGAAUGUCCAUAAUGAAAUGAAUUUCUUUGCACUUAAGAAUACUGUUUUCUAUUCCAUAACGUAUUUGAAUCUAUAUUGAAAUCCAUCUUAGGAUUAAUCAAUGUUGUAUUGACCAUUUAACAAUUAGGCCUAGUUUACGAGCUCGAGAUUUCUAUCAGGUGAUAUAGAUUUCUAUGAGAGUAAGUAAUCUAAUUGUUUUAGUAGAAUCAGAGGUCAAACAUGAAAUAUUCCACAAAAUAAUUCAAUAAUGAAACCAUUUCUUUAAAAAAUUGCGCCAGGAAAAUUAUUGUUCUGCUACUCGCUAUUUAUCAAGGAAUAGAUAGCGAGUACAGUAGCCAUGCAAUCAAAUCACAGCAUUUGCAAUAGAAUACUAGUAUAAUUCUACUAAUAAUCAUUAUACCCUAGGUAGCCCAAAGCACUAAUUUAUUCAGUCGUGGUUGCAAUGCACAUACGUAUAUGCAUUGCAAUCGCGACUGAAUAAAUUAAUGCUUUGGCUACCUAGGAUUAUACAUGAUAAAAUAUGCAUUUGCAAAAAAUACAAAAUCUACAUAUUGUCAUAUAAGAAUAUAAAUAUUAAAUACGAUACGGUGUGAGCUGCUGUGAAAAAUAAACACCCCGGAUUUUACCUCGGUUAAAAUGCUUCACAUCACAUCAUGUCGUAAAGGUUGCUGUAUAUUUAAAGUGAAAUUUGUCCAAGAUAAUUUUAUUUAUCUUGUUUGGCGACUUUCUUUUGUAAAUAAAAUUUGUUUGAAAAUCUUUCCAAAAUGCCAAAUUGCCAGUUAACAUCUGACGUAUACAUCAACUUCUCCAAAAUGUCAGAUUGCCAGUUAACAUCUGACGUAUACAAAUUGACGCGUAUACAUCUUUCUCUCGGCCUAAACUGGCGCACGCGUAUGAGGUUAAUGACCGUCCAUGACGUAUUAGGUCCAUGAGAUCGCAGUGUGCAACUUUGGAUUCCGCUAUGUUCUCACAUACCAGGGUGUAAAUACCCCAGCGGAACUAGUACCCUCGCACGGCGCUCCGCGCCGGCUCGGGGAAUAUAGAAUAAAAAGUAGUAUUAGGCGGUAUCCGCUUAUACUUCUACAAAUACUUACUCAUUUCUAAUGGGGUUUAUUUCUUGAUUUGCGCACUUUUCGAGCACUCGUUCCCUCCUCCACUCGACGUUUUUGAAGUGGCCAUAUGUGUUAUCAUUAUUUUACUAAUAGCCAGGUUUGGUCAUAUAGGUAUUGAAAAACGUGCUGCCGCCGCGCCUCCAAAGCCGGCAGUGCCGGCAGACUGCAGAAAGACUGUCGGGGGAGAAGGAGGAAAUGCAAAACAAAUAUUUACCCAGCUCAUCCACGCUAUUGAAAGGAGGCUAUAUAGCAAGGAACUGGCUAUUAAUCAGUUUGGGUUUCUCUACAUGCAUGGUAAAACUUACGGUGUGCAAUAUGAUGAUCCUAAUGUCAGUAAGGUAAUGCAGUGGACGAAACCGCUCCCUGGUAAGGGGAAACAGCUCCCUGGUCUAGGGAAACCGCCUCCUGAUAGCAGCCCGCUCCCUAAUAAAAUAAUAUGGCCUGCCAAAGGAAAAACCAUCAACUUUCAAUUCGCACAACCAACUCCCGCAGCGAUUGGAAGACCUGGUAACAUCGGGCACUCUGAAGAACAACUUCUUAAUUCUUUUGAAAUCAUGGCCGACAACUUUAUAGCAAAACACGGCAACGAAUGUCCGUGUUAUGUGAUUUUGGGAAAGUCUUGGCAAAACAUUGUUUGGGGAUAAUUUUCAGAUAAUUGGGAUUUGGGUCGACGGCCACGAGUAAGUAUAGGGCCUUAAGCAUGUAGGACGGCAACGCGACGACGACGGCUAUCAAAACAAUGAGUCAUUGAAAAGUAAUGAAUAAUGAAUGACCUGUGGGAGUCUUUGACGUAGUCGUCGCUCUGUUUACAAUGGCAAAUCACAGAUUUUCAUGUCUUCUGCACAGCCCUGAAUUUCAAGCGGCAGCAAGUGUUACUUCAAAUUGGACUCAGUAGAAUUCUUCCCAAACGUAAAUCCCAUGUUUUCAACGUCCUAAACUGCGUUAAAAUCAUACGAUUGAUAAUAUACGACAAGUUUUCUUUACAAGCAUUAUUUGAAGGAAUUUGCUUUGGCCACCGUCGUCGCGUUGCCGACCUACAUUCAAGAGUGGAAUAUAUAUAUUGAAAAUUUUGAGUUAUUGCUCAAUAUUAUCGAACAAAUCCACGAAACUGACCAAAGUUCGGGAAUAUACAUAUAACUGAUUAUUAUAUAGACAAGCGCCGGAUAUGCGCUAUCCUGCAAUCCGAUUGGUUCUCCACUAGUAGGAUAUUCGCUCAUUUCCUACGUACUAGUAUAGAUAAUUCAAGAUGGCGGCGAAAAAUCUAUCCGGCAACUUCAAACAGAGAAACAGCAAGUUUUGCAAAAGUUAAAGCCUUGAAUGGGAUAAAAACACUCUGAAAAUACUUAUAGUAAUUGUUUACAGAUUUGAAUAUUGGUUCUUAAUAUUUAAACUGGUUUGAAUGAAUAUAUUUUGAAAUAAAUAAUGCCGAAAGAGCGACGACGAAACACAAAGAAAACAUUCAAUGGAUUAAAGUGCCUAUAUCACUCAUGGGAUUUUUAUGGAUUUGGAAAGAGCACAAAAAGUUAGUAUAGAAAGUCUAGAUCCUUUUUUGAUAUAAAACAAUAGUUUCUGAGAUAUCGGGCCUCAAACAGGGCAUUUUUCGCCUUUUUCAAAAAAAGGUGUGUUGCUCGGGGGACUGGGACUCAGGAACCUAAUUUGCAAGCACGCCGUCUUUCCUAAUAAAAAACAUAUAAUUUCUCUGGUGGUAUCCUUUGUAUUUUUCGAAAUAAUGCCGGAACAACACAGCAAGUUCGACAAAAAGUAUAUCUUUAUACCGUAUACCUUAUUGGGACGAUAGCAGGCAAAUUGCGAGAAGCAGACGAAAGAAAUGGGAGGACUUCAUUCGGCGGAAAAGAGACAAAUGGGUGCCAAGUGUUAGUUCAGUUGUGUGCUCUGAACACUUCGCGCAAGAAUGUUUUGAGUACGGUUCGAGCACUGUAGAGAAGUACAAGAUCCCGAAGCUUAAGCGAGAUGAAGUUGGAGUUACUGCCGUGCCUUCUCUGCUGCCUAAAGCGGCAUCUUUGGAUAGUGAACGAAGUAUGCGCAUACAACACAGAGGGAAGGUGUGUAUUUAUAUCUCGUGUUUGUUUGAAUCUAGGUAUUCAAACCGUGUGCGUUUCCAUCCCUGGCUUUGUUUUAUAUUUAUAUAUUUUAUUACUUUUGAUAGUUUGUAUUUAAAUCUAAAAUAUAAAAUCUUGCGAAUUUAUAGAUAGCAUUUGCGGAAGGACCCCCGACUGUUGAAGAACCUCAGUCUUCGAUGUCAACAAACGUGAGUAUUUUGUAUUUUGAAACGUAUAAUUCUCUUGGUGUAUUUACAACUAAAUAAUAUCUACAUUUAUAGAUUACAUUUGAGGAAGGACUUUCAACUGGUGAGGAACCCGGACCUUCAACCUCGAAAAAAAUAAAAGAGGCGAGUGCUUUGGACUUUGGAACAGACUUGUAUCAUAUUGCAUGCAAUAACGUGAGACUUUAUUUCAAGGCAAAUUUCAGUGUUCAUGCAAACCCAUAUACUAAUGACAGUUUCUUGUGUUGUAAACAUACAAAAGGGCUAAUUCAAGAAUGUAUUUUUGUCUUUUAUAGCAUGGGGAAUGUAGCAAUUGCAAAGCUUUGUUGCUAAAAAAUAAGAGGCUCAAGAGUGAUUGGCUGUCUGCAAAAAACAAGCUUGAAGUUUGCAGAAUGCAAAUUGCACAAAAUUCAGGUAAGUCAUAUGUACUGAUUUCUUUUGGCCUUACAUUACUGCAAUUUCAUACCCAGAGCAAUAGGAUCAACCUAAACUGUAGCCUCUAGGUAUAAGAUUGCACAUACUGUAGAGAUCAUAAAUCAUGUAGUGACCCAGCACCAAUAAUUAACCAUAGUAACAAACUUUUUAUGAUCGUGAAAAAACACAGGAGAAGAAAUUCAUCCCAGUACAGCGUCAAGAUAUGAUGAACAGUGCAGCUCAGACAUUGGAAUACCUCCAUCAGAUGAUUUCCAUGAAGAGGAUUGCUAUGAUGAAGAAACACCAGAAGAAUCAACAGAGACUGAGACAGAUGAUGAGACAAAUCCGCAACAUAAAAGGUGA